AUGUUUAAAAAAAAAUCUGUAUUUAAAUAUGGAAUUUUUAUGGAUUCGAAAAAUAUUUUAAAUUGCAAAUUUAAAGUUUUUAACCCGAUGUUUAAAUAUGUUUUAAAGAAACUGGUUCCAAAAAUGAUUUCUAAUGAUAUCUUUCUUGUCAAGGCUUUUUCCUAUCCUUUUAACAAAACUUGUGCAUUUCUUCUAUUUUGCAUUUCUAUUUUAAAAAUAAUAUUAUUGUAUAAAUUAACUAUUGUCGAUAUUUUUUAA